AUAGUAAUGAAUGUUGUUUAACCAAGCAAGUUAAAAUAAGAGAGCAAAGUGUGGAACGUAACAACAUCUAGAUUCUAGAACAACAAUAACAACAAAAACAGUUUAACAUUUAUCGCAUGACCUGAUGGUUAGAGUAGCUUCGUUAGUCAGAGAAAAGCAGCGAUCAAGUGUGGAAGCAUGACCAGCAUUGGUGUAUUGAAAUUGACAAUCAUUGCAUCACUAUGUGUUUUCGUGAAAGGACGAUACAGUCACGUGUCCUGUCAAGUCGUAGAAAAUAAAUGGUGCACUGUUCAACGACUUCAAAUCACCGACCGCACAAAUGUUCGCAGUUUAGUGUUUCCAGACGACCGAUAUGAGAAAAUUCGUAUUGGACAAUACUACAGCUUCAUCAACACAGACAGCAUUAUUGUUAUUUUUUCUGGUGAGCUGUUCUACCGCAUGCGACGUGUUCGAUACCUACACAUGAAUGGUGUACGUAUGGUAGGACUUGAUAUGCCCGAUACCAUUAUAGAACUGGAUGUGUCAGACAACUGGCUCUCCCGGGUUUACAUUGAUCCGGAAAAGAGAUACAAUCUGCGGAAAUUGAUCAUGCGCAACAACCUUCUCACAAACAUAGCUGGCUUCAAGUACCUCAUCAAGUUGGAAGAGCUGAAUCUCAGUGAAAAUAUGUUGCAUACAGUGAACUUUGUUGUUUUUUCUUUCAUACCGUACAUACGUUUAAUUGAUCUAGCACGCAAUCGUAUUUUAUUUACAAGUGGUGGUCAGAGUGUGAUUUCACUUGAUUUUCUCGAAACACUGAACAUGGCAGAAAACAAGCUUACCACACUAGAUAUAGGAGUAUGGAUUUUUCCUUCACUGUUAACGUUAAAUCUUACAGGAAAUCCUAUCGGACUAUUAUCUUUGUCAAAUCAUUACUCCUUUUCGCGCUUGACAAAUAUUUUACUAUAGUAAUUUUCUGGAUUUUUUGAACAGCAGAUAGUUCUUAAGAUACGAACAAUUAAAGGUGACAUGAUUUACCGUUUGUAAGCCUAAUAUAUUAAUGUAACUUUAUAAAUGUUCGUAGCAAAUACAAUGCAAAAUAUCAGAUUGUUUUGGAUUUCAUUUAAUUCAAUUAUAUUAUUUGUUUUACAGAAAAAUAAAAAAAUAAAUAAUUAACUUCAGUGAGUAAAA